CAGGUGGUGAUGAAUAAUGGCAUACUGCAGGUGACAAUAUCAAAUCCCUACGGGAUUGUCACUGGUAUACAAUUUAAUGGCAUUGACAAUUUGCUUGCUGUUGAAAACAAUGAAGCUGAUAGAGGGUACUGGGACCUUGUCUGGAAUCUAGCAGGAAGUAAAGGAACAAAGGGUAAAUUUGACAGGAUUGAAGCAACAAAUUUUGAGGUAAUAGUGAAAAAUGAGGAUCAAGUGGAACUCUCAUUUACUAGAAAGUGGGAUUCCUCCCUUGAAGGCAAAGUCGUUCCAUUGAACAUCGACAAGAGGUUUGUAAUGCUUCGUAAUUCAUCAGGAUUCUAUACCUAUGCAAUUUACGAGCACUUAAAGGAAUGGCCUGCUUUCAUCCUUGACAGAUUCAGGGUUGCAUUCAAGCUGAGAAAAGACAAGUUUCAUUACAUGGCUAUUGCAGACAACAGGCAAAGAUUCAUGCCCCUGCCUGAUGACCGGUUACCAUACAGAAGCCAAACCCUGGCUUAUCCAGAGGCAGUCCUACUUGUUGAUCCACUGGAACCGGAGUUCAGAGGAGAGGUGGAUGACAAGUACCAAUACUCAUGUGAGAACAAGGACAACAGGGUCCAUGGCUGGAUUUGCACUGACCCGCCCUUGGGGUUCUGGCAAAUAACACCCAGCGAUGAGUUUCGAUCCGCUGGGCCCCACAAGCAAAACCUUACCUCACAUGUCGGCCCCACCACCCUUGCUGUUCUGCACAGUGUUCAUUAUUCAGGAGAGGAUUUGUUAUUGAAAUUUGGAACUAAUGAGCCCUGGAAGAAAGUUUUUGGCCCCAUUUUUAUUUACCUUAAUUCUUUGUGUAAUGGUGGAGGUGACCCAUUCUCACUUUGGGAGGAUGCUAGAAAACAGAUGACGAUAGAAGUUCAAAACUGGCCUUACACUUUCCCUGCUUCUGAAGACUUUCCACAGCCUGAUCAAAGGGGCAAUGUCAGUGGUAGAUUACUAGUGAAAGAUAGAUAUGUUUGCGAUGAGGACAUACCUGCCAAUGGCGCCUAUGUAGGCUUAGCACCGCCGGGAGAUGUUGGGUCUUGGCAAAGUGAAGUCAAGGGUUAUCAAUUCUGGACCAGAACUGAUGAAGAUGGCUAUUUCUGCAUUAAUAAUGUUCGGAUGGGCAACUAUAAUCUAUAUGCAUGGGUCCCUGGGUUCAUUGGAGAUUAUAGAUAUGACGUUAUCAUCACACCAAACGCAGGCUAUGAUAUUUACAUGGGCCAUCUUGUGUAUGAGCCUCCAAGAGAUGGGCCUACAUUGUGGGAAAUAGGAAUCCCAGAUCGCACUGCUGCAGAAUUCUAUGUCCCUGAUCCUAAUCCAAAGUAUAUCAACAAAUUAUAUGUUAAUCAUGACAGAUUUAGGCAGUAUGGAUUAUGGGAAAGAUAUGCAGAUUUAUAUCCUGAUGGAGAUUUGGUCUACACAGUUGGCGUUAGUGACUAUACAAAAGACUGGUUUUUUGCGCAGGUCACUAGAAAGAAAGAUGAUAAUACCUAUCAAGGAACUACAUGGCAAAUCAAGUUCAAACUAGACUGUGCAUAUGAGAGUGAAACAUACAGACUGCGAUUGGCACUGGCCACUGUACAUGCUGCUGAACUUCAGGUACGGAUCAAUGAUGAUGCAAGUUCUCCUCUACUUUCAAGUGGACAAAUUGGUAAGGACAACACAAUAGCCAGACAUGGAAUUCAUGGGCUCUACCGGCUUUACAAUGUGGAUAUUCCGGGGAAUCUGCUUCUUGAAGGAGAUAACACCAUUUUUCUAACUCAAUCAAAAAAUGCUAGCCCUUUCCAAGGAAUCAUGUAUGACUACAUUCGGUUAGAAGGUCCUGCAUCUUCUAAUGGAAACAAGAAACCUUAAUUUUCCUUCCAUUUGAAAAUUAUUUGGGAUUUUAGCACGGCUUUCAGCUGUCCUGGAAAUUGAUGCUCGAAAACAGGUGGUGAUGGAUAAUGGAAUACUACAAGUGACAAUAUCGAGUCCUGAUGGAAUUGUCACUGGGAUACAAUACAAU